GCCACAGAUCUGAUCCAGUCCCCCCACCUUCCCGUCGUCCUUGGCCUCGUGAUGAGGAGCUCCACGGCUCUCAUCGCCGCGGCAUCGCUCGUACUGCUGCUGGUGUCGCUGGCGGCGGCGGACAUCCAGAUACCCUACAGGGAGAGGAGCGAGGAGGAGACGCGGCGGAUCUUCGUGGAGUGGAAGGCCAAGUACGGGAGGAGCUACGACUCCAUCCGCGAGGAGGAGCGCCGGUAUGCGAUCUUCAAGGACAACCUGCUGCGGAACAUCGAUCAGCAGAGCGCCGCCGGGAUCCAGCGGCAGCUCAACAAUUUCUCCGACCACACCCAUGGUGAGGAGUUCAGAGCCUUUCGCCCAUGUUACAUUCCACUAGAUGGCUACGGCGACUGGACGAAGACCAAGGGAGCGUGGAUUGCAUACAUGCUGUUUGUUUCUACUUUCAUUGUUGUUCUUGCAUUUUGUAAAUUGCAUGCAUAGUCCUGCGACUAGUAUAUUUCUGAUGGAUGUAAAUCCCCGA